GUUUCAGGGGCUCCUUCUGGGAGGGGUACCAGGUAGGCAACCCAGCCGUGCCUGUCUACCGCGGGAACGGCCGAGGGCAUUACAGACUGGCGUGGCUGGACAGACUCGAGCAGAUCAGCAGUCCGACGUUCUGCACCGCCGUCCAGGGCUCUUCGGGCGGCGGGGAAGGUGUGGCUGGCCGCCCCCGCCCCCGCCCCCGCCUCCAGGAAGGCCUGCGCUGCUCUGCCCUUCCUUCCCCUGGUCUUUGGCCUCCCUUUCCCCUCAGCUGUAGACCUUUUCCCUUUCCCCUCCGCUGACUUAGCAGUGUGCCCACGGGCGUGGAGGGAUUAAUCAGUGACAGGAAGCUGCCUCUUUCGGAGCAGUGACCGCUGUGGUCAGGAGAGCCUCUCUCUACCCGGCCAGCCCUAGGAGCCUGUCCCGCUCCCCGCCUGCUGUCCACCCCCUGCUCCUGCCAUGGGGCACCUCGGGGCCCUCCUCUUCCUGCUGGGGGGCCUGGGAGCGCUAGCCCAAAUCUGCGAGAUAACCGAGGUGGACAGCACGCUGGUGGAGAGGCUGGGCCAGCGCCUCUUGCCCUGGAUGGACCGGCUCUCCCCGGAGCAGCUGAACCCCAGUAUCUACGUGGGCCUGCGCCUCUCGAGACUGCAGGCUGGGGCCAAGGAAGCCCACUACCUGCACAGCCUCAAGCUCAGCUACCAGCAGAGCCUCCUGAGGCCCUCCUCCAGCAAGGACGGCAAUGACUCCGAGGCCAAGCCCUCCAUGGGCCAACUGGCCCUCUACCUGCUGGCUCUCCGGGCCAACUGCGAGUUCGUCGGAGGCCGCAAGGGGGACAGGCUGGUCUCCCAGCUGAAGCGGUUCCUGGAGGACGAGAAGUCGGCCAUCGGGCACAACCACCAGGGCCACCCCCGCACCAGCUACUACCAGUACGGCCUGGGCAUCCUGGCCCUGUGUGUCCACCAGAAGCGAGUCCACGACAGUGUGGUGGGCAAGCUCCUGUACGCCGUGGAACACGAGCCUCAUCUCCUGCAGGACCACGUCUCUGUGGACACCAUGGCCAUGGCAGGCUUGGCCUUCUCCUGUCUGGAGCUGUCCAACCUCAACCCCAGCCAGAGAGACCGGAUCAGCCUGGCCCUCAGGAGAGUGCAGGAGAAGAUCCUGAAGGCCCAGACCCCAGAGGGCUACUUCGGGAAUGUCUACAGCACUCCUCUGGCUCUGCAGUUGCUGACGGGCUCCCUCAGCCCCACUGUGGAGCUGGGCAUGGCCUGCCUCAAGGCCAAGGCUGCUCUGCAGGCCAGUCUACAGCGCAAGACCUUCCAGAACCCUCUCAUGAUCUCUCAGCUGCUGCCCGUCCUGAACCAGAAGAGCUAUGUGGAUCUCAUCUCCCCAGACUGCCAGGCUCCAAGAGCCCUGUUGGAACCGGCUCCGGAGACCCCGCCACAGGCCCAAGUCCCGGAGUUCAUUGACGUUGUGCUGAAGGUCUCCGGCGUCUCCCCUUCAUACACACACUCUGUCUCUGUCCCUGCCGGCUCCUCCCUGGAAGACGUCCUGAAGAACGCCCAGGAGCACGGAAGGUUCAGGUUUAGAACACAGGCCUCCCUGUCAGGCCCCUUCCUGACCUCCGUGCUGGGGAAAAAGGCUGGGGAACGUGAGUUCUGGCAGGUUCUCCAAGCUCCUGACACCCCCUUGCAGCAAGGUAUUGCUGACUACAGACCUAAGGAUGGAGAGACCAUCGAGCUGAGGCUGGUUAGCUGGUAGCCCCCCCCACCGGCUCACCCACCCCGCUGCCUCCCACACUUCCUGUCUCCCGCCCUCCCUCCAGACACCCCAGUAAUGGGCACACGCCUGAUCCUGCUGCCUUCUCUUGCACACUUGUCCGUGGAUCCCUCAGCCACCAGCCCUGCGGGGGUCCUAAACCACCGCCCACCUGGAGCAGGGAGCCCAGCACCUCCCCCAGGAGGUCUGUCUGCCUGGGUCUGGUCCCACCUGGCCCCACAGGUGACCCGUGAAGGUCACUCACAGGCUGGAGGGGGUAAACGUCUCAGACUCCUCCCUGGCCGCCUCAUGAGUACUGCUCGCUGCGAUGGGGGUCCCUCGAGGACAGCCCUGCAGCCCUGACCCCAGCUCUCCACUCUGUCGUCGAGGCUGCCGCCCCAGAGCCAGCUGCGUUGUUUACUGCUGUUGAGGGUCUCUGCAGAGCUCUCAGCCCACCUCCAAAGUGAUUAAAGAGUUGGUUGUGCACGUGGCUCAGCGUCCGGAUGCCUUGAGCUCGGAGUCAGUGCAGGUGCUGGGAGCAGAGGAGGGGAGACAGCCCUGUGGGCAGCGGAGGAGGCUGAGUGAGUGUCCUUCUGGGUCCUGGGGGACCGAGGCUGGCAGUGGUGAUGCCAA